AAAGAAACCGGGCAAUUCUCUUCGGAGGAUACGGUUUUGCAUCUUCACGAAGCAUGGAUGACACUUUUGUUGCCGUUUUCUCUUUAAAAGCCGUGUGUCGCUUAUGUCAUGUCAUCUGGGCCGUGGAAACGAUGGGUCGUUUAGUACCUACCUUGUCAAUAACAAGGAGUAGCCCUACUGCUGAUUUCACUAUACGAACUGUGAGUUCUUCCUCUCUCUUAAUCCUAUCUGCACCUGCACCUGCCACUGAAAAACUCUCUCUCGCACCUUCACAUGUUUGUCAAAUUGCCCAAAUGGCUUUCUCUUCCUGUCUGAAAUGCUAUCCUUACUCUCUCCCACAUACCACAAACCACCGCCACCUCCCACUGCCCCUUUCUUUUCCUCACAAACCUACCUCCAAUUUCUUCAAAUCCUGCGCCUCCACGCAACGCCAUGAGCAGCUCACAGCCGCAUCUCCACUCUCCGAAUCAACUCCAACCAAUCAGCUCCUUCCAGACUUCACCACAAAGCAACUCCUCGACACCCUCCGUCACCAGAACGACGAGUCUUCAGCCCUUCGCAUAUUCGAAUGGGCCUCGAAGCAGCCCAAUUUCGCACCCAAUUCGUUGAUAUACGAAGAAGUUCUUUGUAAGCUUGGAAAGGUGGGGUCUUUCGAAUCGAUGAGGAAUGUCUUGGAAGAGAUGAAGCUCGCGGGCUGUGAGAUUAGUACAGGUACUUUCUUGAUUUUUGUUGAGAGCUACGCCAAGUUUGAAUUAUAUGACGAAGUUAUUGGUGUUAUGGAAACGAUGCAAGAUGAAUUUGGGUUGAAACCCAACACGCAUUUUUGUAAUUUCUUGUUGAAUGUUCUUAUUGAUGGUAACAAGCUUAAACUUGUUGAAGACAUGCAUUCAAGUAUGGUGAGUAGAGGAAUUGAGCCGGACGUUUCGACCUUUAAUAUAUUGAUAAAGGCUCUCUGUAAAGCCCAUCAAAUUAGGCCGGCCAUUUUGAUGAUGGAAGAGAUGCCAAGCAAUGGUUUGUCGCCCGAUGAAAAAACUUUCACGACACUAAUGCAAGGGUAUAUUGAAGAAGGUAAUAUGAGUGGUGCAUUGAGAAUUAGAGAACAGAUGGUAGAAUCUGGGUGCCCAUGUACUAGUGUGACGGUUAAUGUUUUGAUUAAUGGGUUUUGCAAAGGGGGUAGGAUUCAAGAAGCAUUGAGUUUUAUACAGGAGAUGUCCAAUCAGGGCUUCCGUCCUGAUCAGUUUACGUUCAAUACAUUGGUUAACGGUUUGUGCAGGGCGGGGCAUGUCAAGCAUGCUUUAGAGGUCAUGGAUUUAAUGCUCCAGGAGGGGUUCGAUCCGGAUAUAUUUACAUAUAACUCUUUGAUUUCUGGGUUGUGUAAAUUGGGUGAGGCUGAAGAGGCAGUGGAAGUUCUCAAUCAGAUGGUUUCAAGGGAUUGUUCCCCUAACACUGUCACUUACAACACUCUAAUUAGCACCUUGUGUAAGGAGAACCAAAUUGAAGAGGCCACUGAACUUGCUCGUGUUCUCACGAGCAAGGGAAUUUUACCUGAUGUGUGUACGUUUAACUCUCUUAUACAAGGUCUCUGCUUGACCAGUAAUCAUAGAAUUGCAAUGGAGCUGUUUGAGGAGAUGAAGAACAAAGGAUGUGAACCUGAUGAAUUUACUUACAGUAUGUUGAUUGACAGUCUUUGUUCUAGAGGGAAACUUGAGAAAGCUUUGAGCCUGCUGAAAGAAAUGGAGUCGAGUGGCUGUGCACGGAAUGUAGUUGUAUACAAUACUUUGAUCGAUGGGUUUUGCAAAAACAAGAGAAUUGAGGAUGCAGAGGAGAUUUUUGAUCAGAUGGAACUCCUAGGGGUUUCAAGAAAUUCGGUGACCUACAAUAGCCUUAUUGAUGGUCUUUGUAAGAGCAGGAGGGUGGAAGAGGCUGCUGAGCUUAUGGACCAGAUGAUAAUGGAAGGACUGAAGCCUGACAAGUUCACAUACAAUUCCCUUCUCACACACUUCUGCAGGGCCGGGGAUAUAAAAAAGGCAGCAGAUAUAGUUCAAAGUAUGACUUCAAAUGGGUGUGAACCAGACAUUGUCACCUAUGGAACUCUUAUUGGGGGCCUUUGUAGGGCUGGUAGAAUCGAGGUUGCAAAUAGGCUUCUCAGAACUGUUCAGAUUAAAGGAAUGGUCUUGACUCCUCAGGCUUAUAAUCCUGUCCUUCAAGCACUAUUUAAGCGAAAGAGAACAAAAGAAGGCAUGAUGCUUUUUAGAGAAAUGAUGGAGAAGGGUGAUCCUCCAGAUGCUAUAUCGUAUAAAUUUGUUUGUCGUGGGCUUUGCAAUGGUGGAGGACCAAUUGGAGAAGCUGUUGAUUUUAUGGUUGAGAUGAUGGAGAGAGGAUUUGUUCCGGAAUUCUCAUCAUUUGUAUAUCUGGCUGAAGGACUUUGUGCUUUAUCCAUGGAGGACACCCUAAUUAAGCUUGUUGAUAUGGUCAUGGAGAAAGCUGGCUUCUCAGACAGUGAAGCUUCCAUGAUAAGGGGUUUUCUCAAAAUCCGUAAGUUUCAAGAUGCAUUGGCCACUCUUGGUGAUAUCUUAGAUAGCCAACAACCCAGAAAAGCUUACAGGCGAAGAUGAAAUUAGAACGCUUUUGUGCUAAUUGGCAAGGGCCACGCUUCCUGGUUGCUAAUCUGAAGCUUUUGGAUCACCCUUCAGUGCAGCGGGUGAUGCAGUGCAAAGGAGAUUCCCUUAUACAUCUUCAAUGUCAAUAUUUGCAGAAGAAGAGGAACUAGGGAUUUUUGUUGUGGUUGAUCUAGUAGAGCCACGGAGAGCCUUGUCAGCUAGGGCGCCUACAACACGUCCUGACAAAGCACAAGUAUGAAGACUUACAACGCAACAUUAGCAAGGCUGUCAACUGGGAUGUGAGUUUUAGGAACCUACCCGAGAGGUUCAUUAGCUGGGUCAUCAGUUAGGUCUUACGCCUUUGUUAAUUGGCUAAUGAUUCUUUCAAAAUCCUAGAGGAGUCCUGACGGGACUACUAAAGUGUCCCUUUAGCUGCUAGAUGACCUUCAUAUGUUUGAAGGCUUUUUCACAUGCAUAAGUUAGGGUUUUCAUAAUUUUUUUCUAUAUAAGGAUAUGUAUGGUCGAUUGAGGACUAAACCUAAGCAUAUAGAGCAGUUUAUAUUCAUAGCUUAGCUUCAUCUUUAUUGUGUACAGAGAGAAUACUUUGGUUAGAUCUUCCGUUUGCUUAAUUUUCUUGAAGUGAUCAUCAAACCACACCUUUCAUCGUUCAUCAACCAUUUGUAGUUUACCGAUGGGUUGGUAAGGAGAACAAGAAGAAAGAUUGCUAGUGAGGAAUUAGAGCUACUGCGGCAGGAGACAAAUGAGAGUGCAUGUUUGUGUAUAAAAGUUUAAGUCAUUACAAAUGGUAUGUUUUUAAUCUUUCUUAGUGGAUUAAUUGGUUUUCUUGGUUUGACU